AUGAAGAGGACUCGCAGAGGUACUACUAAGGCUUCAUUAUCUCGACUUAAUAGACAACGUCCCACAGCCUCAACGAGGAGACAGAGAGGGGCUCCCCAAGAUCACUUUGAGGAUACUAUAGAGGUUGAAGAUGUAGCUCCUACUCAUGAUAGUAAUGUUGAGGUACAUGUCAAGCUUACUGAGCCAUCUCGAAAAGUAUAA